AAUUUUAACCAUGAAUCUUCUUAAUAAAAUAAAGUCUGAAAUUGACCUUUGGAAAUUAGAGAAAUAUACCAAAAGAAGAUCAUUUCUACCUGAAUAUGAUUCAAAAGACUUGAAGUAUUAUAAAGAAGUAUAUCAUGAUGGAUUUUAUGAUACAAGCUUAGGAUACAAUCAAGGCACUGCUACUAAGAGAUCAAGAAAAAGCAAAUCACAAUUAGGUCUUUUGUUUGGAAAAUCAUCCUAUGGAGGAGGAUAUCGUCUGCCACCUUGUUCCGAGACGUAUAAUAGAAUGUAGAAUAUCUCUUUGCUUCUUGUAAAU